GGCGGCGCGAAUUUCCCUUUCGUAAACGGUCGUUGCCAUUUGAAACGGUCGAUGCCAUUUCUCGGAACGGUCGUUGCCAUUGAAAACGGUCGAUGCCAUUUCUCAAACUAGCCGAGCAGACGACAGCCCUCGUGAAUAGCUCGUACGCUGUUGGCACGCUCGGACGUCACUUCCGGGCAGUGUUGCUUAUAAGAUGGCGGAGCAAUCCACGUGCGCGAGAGUUGAGCCAGCUGAAACAGAACGAACCCAUUCUUCUUGUGCAGAAACAAAAAAAAAAUCAGUUAAGAAGCCAACGGGGUGGAACUCCUUUAUGCAGUCAGUUGCGCCAGAUGUCAAGGAACAACUUGGAAAGGGGGCGGGAAUCGGGCAGGUUUCCAAAGUGGUUGGCAAUAUGUGGAAGAAAUUGCCGACAGACAGACGAAAGGACUGGAAAGAUAAAGCACAGAGCUUGAGGGAAGACCUUGAUAUGGGAAUAGCAGAGAUAAAAAAAUGUCCAACCUGCAGCACCCAGUUCACAAGGGAGAAGGACUUCAAAUACCACCAGAAAGGUUGUCAUGAGUGCAUUUGCGAGGAAUGCAAUGAAUCGUUUGACCAUGAGCAAAAGCUAAAGAGGCAUAAAGACAAGAAACAUAAAGACAGCAACAAGUGUGAUCAUUGUCAAAAGACUUUUGCAGAGAAACGAAAUCUUAUAAGACACCAAAAGUCACAUGCUUAAUUAACCUAUCCUGCAUUUAGUGA